AUGUUGUCCCGAUCGGUAUCGCGCGUUGCUCAGCGCCACAUCACUGGCCAGGUCGUCGCCGUCAUCGGUCCCGUCGUCGAUGUUCAGUUCGAAGAGGGACGACCUCCAAUUCUCAACGCCCUUGAGGUUGAGGGCCGAGAAUCCCGACUCGUCCUCGAAGUCGCCCAGCAUUUGGGUCAGAACACCGUCCGAACCAUUGCUAUGGAUGCCACCGAGCGACUUGUCCGAGGCCAGAACGUCGUCGACACUGGUGCCCCAAUCAAGGUCCCCGUCGGCCCCGCCACUCUUGGCCGAAUCAUCAACGUCAUUGGUGAGCCCAUCGAUGAGCGAGGCCCCGUCAACACCGAGCACUACGCUCCCAUCCACGCUGACGCCCCCGCUCUUACCGAUACCGAGGGUGCUGCUGAGAUUCUCGAAACUGGUAUCAAGGUCGUCGACUUGAUCGCCCCCUACUCCAAGGGUGGUAAGAUUGGUCUCUUCGGUGGUGCUGGAGUCGGCAAGACUGUCUUUAUCAUGGAACUGAUCAACAACGUCGCCAAGGCUCACGGUGGUUACUCCGUCUUCGCUGGUGUCGGUGAACGAACCCGAGAAGGAAACGAUCUUUACCACGAAAUGAUUGAAGGUGGUGUCAUCAAGGUCGAUGGACCCGGCUCCAAGGUCGCCCUCGUCUACGGUCAGAUGAACGAGCCCCCAGGAGCUCGAGCCCGAGUUGCCCUCACUGGUCUCACCGUCGCCGAGUACUUCCGAGAUCAGGAAGGCCAGGAUGUGUUGCUCUUCGUCGACAACAUCUUCCGAUUCACCCAGGCCGGUUCCGAGGUAUCUGCCCUCCUCGGUCGAAUCCCCUCCGCUGUCGGUUACCAGCCAACCCUCGCCACUGACAUGGGUGCUAUGCAGGAGCGAAUUACCACCACCAAGAAGGGUUCCAUUACCUCCGUCCAGGCCAUCUACGUCCCUGCUGACGAUUUGACUGAUCCCUCGCCCGCCACCACUUUCUCUCACUUGGACGCCACCACUGUCUUGUCCCGAGCUAUCGCCGAGUUGGGUUUCUACCCCGCUGUCGAUCCCCUCGAGUCCACCUCCCGAAUCAUGGACCCCCACGUCGUCGGUGCCGAGCACUACGACUGCGCCGCCGCCGUCAAGAAGAUCCUCCAGGAUUACAAGUCCCUCCAGGAUAUCAUUGCCAUUUUGGGUAUGGGAGAACUUUCCCAGGAAGAGAAGCUCACCGUCAACCGAGCCCGAAAGAUCCAGCGAUUCCUCUCUCAGCCCUUCCAGGUCGCCGAAACCUUCACUGGUACCCCCGGCGUCUACGUCUCCCUCGCCAACACCAUCAAGGGCUUCAACCAGAUCCUCGCUGGUGAGCUCGACGAAGUUCCAGAAGGUGCCUUCUACAUGGUCGGUGACAUCGAUGAAGUUAUGCAGAAGGCUGAACAGCUCUCUGCCUAA